AUGAACUUCAACACCUCGCUCUACUCGAACGGUCUCAAUGGCAUCAAGGAGGAGUUCGGUGUCAGUCUGCAAGCUGCACGAUGCGGUUCCAUGAUCUUCUUGGUUGCCUACGCGUUCGGCUGCGAGCUCUGGGCUCCGUGGUCCGAAGAGGUGGGACGCAAGCCUAUCCUGCAGCUCAGUCUCUUCUUGGUCAACAUCUGGCAACUGCCCGUUGCGCUCGCACCCAACUUUGGCUCGAUCAUGGUCGGACGAUUCCUCGGUGGUCUGUCUUCAGCUGGUGGCUCUGUGACUCUCGGUAUGAUUGCAGACAUGUGGGACGCCGAGACCCAGCAGUACGCCGUAGCCUACGUCGUCUUCUCGUCGGUCGGCGGAUCGGUUCUAGGUCCCGUCGUUGGUGGCUUUGUCGAGGCGAACUUGAGCUGGCGAUGGACAAUCUGGAUCCAGCUCAUCUUUGGAGGUGCUGUCCAGCUUGCCCAUCUCUUCUUCGUACCCGAGACGCGUUCGACGAUCAUGAUGGAUCGCAUCGCCAAAAAGUGGCGCAAGUCCGGCAAGAACCCAAACAUCUAUGGUCCCAACGAGCUCCGACCGUUCAAGGAGCGUUUUUCAAUGAAGGAGAUCCUGGUCACCUGGAUCCGUCCGUUCCACAUGUUCUUGACAGAGCCCAUCGUCUUGGUGCUCUCACUACUUUCUGGCUUUAGUGACGCGCUCAUCUUUAUCUUCCUGCAGUCGUUCUCCCUGGUGUACGCGCAGUGGAAUUUCAGCACCGUAGCUGUCGGCCUCUCCUUCUUGCCUCUCCUCGUCGGCUACUUUAUAGGAUACGCCAUCUACAUUGUCGCCAUCGGUCAGCAGAAGAAGACGAGGGCGGCUCGUCCGGACAGCGAACAUGCUCAAUUCGAGUCGCGCUUGUACUGGCUUCUCUUCACGGCGCCUUUCUUACCAAUCGGCCUCAUAGGAUUUGCUUGGACAUCGGUCGGGCCUCCUGUGCACUGGAUGGGAACAAUGGUCUUUUCGGCUUGCAUAGGAAUCGGGAACCAGUCUAUUUAUGCCGCGACGAUUGAUUACAUGAUUGCCGCCUACGGUCCGUACUCGGCCUCCGCAACGGGAGGCAACGGCUGGAGUCGAGAUUUCCUUGCCGGUGUGCUGACGAUCCCAGCGACGCCGUUCUACACCAAUAUCGGACGAUCCAAGGGCCGCAACUUGGAGUACGCAUCGACGAUUCUGUUCUGCAUCGCCACUGUGCUGGUUGCGGCCGUAUACGUGAUCUACUGGAAGGGACCCGUGCUGCGCAAGCGAUCCCCGUUUGCCCAGCAGCUCGAAGCAGAUCGUCAAAGCGCUCCGAAGCGCGAUGGUCACAAGGAGCGACUGACGGGUGCACACAAGAGGCCCGUCACUGGUUUGGGCUCCCGACAGAACUCAUACACCACCUCGCGCAACGCGGCUUCGCGCAACGCCUCGCGCAAUGCGUCUCGCAACGUCUCGAGGAACGUUUCGAGAAACGUGUCGCGCUCCAACUCGAUCUCUGGCGCAAGCAGCAGCGUCGAAGUGCCUGCUCGAACCGCCUGA